CAUGUACGGCCGCAUGAAGUGCCUCGUCGGCGGCGCCGUCGACCAGGGCAGCCCGCGCGGAGCCGCCAGGCGGGUCUCGCCCGCGUCCGGCCGCGUGCACAACGCCGCCGCCGCCUCCGCCGCGGGCCCGCGGGAGAAGGGCGCGGCGAUCUGCUUCCGCCCGCCGGAGCUCAUGGAGACGGUGCACGAGGUCGCCGUCUACAUCCACCGCUUCCACAACCUCGAUCUGUUCCAGCAAGGAUGGUACCAGAUGAAGAUUAGCGCGACGUGGGAGGAGAGUGCAACUGGUGGCAAGACACCAGCGUCACCUGCUAGGGUGGUCCAGUACGAAGCUCCUGAUGUCGGUGCGGAUGAUGCCUUGGGCAUUUGGAGAAUAGAUGACGCUGAUAAUAGUUUCUACACACAACCAUUUAGAAUCAAGUAUGCUCGACAGGACAUCUAUCUAUCGGUCAUGGUGUCUUUCAACAUACUCAACACUGAAGUAGAGGGUCCAGCAGCUUCUGCAGUGAUAUUGAAGUAUGAGCUAAUAUAUGCCCCAACACUGGAGAAUGGCUCUGAUAUUCAAGCUUCUAGUGUCACAUCUUCAGCUGCUAUGCAUGAAUUUAGGAUCCCGCGUAGGGCACUCCUGGGUUUACACUCAUAUUGUCCAGUUCACUUUGAUGCAUUCCACGCGGUGCUUGUUGAUCUGACGUUACAUAUAGUGUACCUGAAAGCUGGUGCAAGUAAAUUAUCAUUGAAGAUACCAGACCAGGGUUUAAGUCCAGCAUCACAUCAAAUUGUAAAGGCAUUAUUGGCUUCAAGGGAAACAUUACUCGAGGAGCUGAAGAAAAUGAGUGAUGCUGUUGGUAAAACGAUUGAAGAUUUAGAUGGUGCUGACUUAAACCUUGGUAAGUAUGAGUCACUUCAGCCUUCAAAAUCAGUCCAGCCUGAUUCUGGUAAAGUGUUCCCUGUAACUACCAAGGGUGUUGGGCACUUGGCUGGCAUUUUACAUGACUUUCUAGAGAAACCUAAUGACGUUGUUGAUGGCACUAGCGAUGGUAUGCUGUACGCUCUUUCCAGUGAAGAGUUGUUAGAGUUAUUUCUAACUGUGAGCCGCCAACUUUCAGUUUUAUGGAACGCGUUCUUGAAAUUUCAUAGGAUGAAUAAAACCAAGAUACUGGAUUACUUGCGUGAUAUUUGGGCUAUUGACAGGAAAACAGAAUGGUCAAUAUGGACUAAUUACUCGAGAGUUGAGAUUCCACACCGCUAUUUGCGGAGUAUGAGUGAUGACUCAUCUCAUCGCCAGUCCCUUCUGAGAGUUUCUGGUUCAAGGAAGUUUCAUGAAGAUCCUGUACAAAAUUCUUCUUCACGUGCUGAACUACAUAGGAAAAGCAUAGCACAAAUGAAGAUCAACACAAGGUCUGUUCAAGAUAUGCAUAUAUAUGCUGAUCCUUCACGUGUUCCUGUUGUUCUUAUAGAACAACAUCUCAUGGUUGUUCCACAACAUGCUUCGAGCAAGGAUUUGGCAACAAAUUCUUCGGAACAAAAGGAUACUAUUGUACUACCUAAACUACAAGGAGAGACUUCAGCGCUGAAAAUUGCCGGUGGUAAAAAGGGUGGUCGUGUAUUGCGAGCUGUCAUCUUUGUGCAUGGAUUUCAGGGACACCAUUUGGAUUUACGUCUUGUUAGAAAUCAAUGGCUUCUAUUGGAUCCUGGGGCUGAAUGCCUAAUGUCUGAGGCUAAUGAAGAUAAAACUUCUGGAGAUUUUAAAGAAAUGGGUGGCAGGCUUGCUGGGGAGGCUGUUGCAUUCCUAAAAAAGAAAGUGGAUAAGCUUGCAAGGUACGGAGGUUGCAAAGAAUUGAAGCUUAGUUUUGUUGGCCAUUCCAUCGGAAACGUUAUCAUCAGAAGCGCCUUAGCAGAUCCUGCAUUACAGCCAUACUUGAAGAACCUCUACACAUACAUGUCGAUAUCAGGGCCUCACUUAGGUUACUGGUACAGCUCGAAUUCUUUGUUCAAUUCUGGUCUCUGGCUUCUGAAAAAGCUCAAGGGAACACAAUGCAUCCAUCAGCUUACUUUCAGUGACGAUCAAGACCCCCAGAAUACCUUUUUUUAUAAGCUUUGCAAGUUAAAGACACUGGAGAACUUCAAAAAUAUCAUAUUGUUAUCAUCGCCACAGGAUGGGUAUGUACCAUAUCAUUCAGCAAGAAUUGAGCUCUGUCCAGCUGCUUCAUCCGACAAUUCAAGGAAAGGUCAAGUCUUCACGGAAAUGCUCAAUAAUUGCUUGGAUCAGAUCCGUGCACCAUCGUCUGAAACCAGGAUAUUCAUGAGAUGCGAUGUUAAUUUCGACCAAUCUGCCCAAGGACGGAGCCUCAAUACCAUGAUUGGCAGAGCAGCCCACAUAGAGUUCUUGGAGACUGACAUCUAUGCCAAGUUCAUCAUGUGGUCCUUUCCUGAACUAUUCCGAUGAUGAUGCUCUUAUUUUGGACAGCGUCACGUUUCAAACCAAAACUGGAUAGUAUACCUACUGACCAAGAAAGGAAAGGUUACUCUUGCUAUUGCAUAAAGGUUUAUUCGUAAUUCGUCACCAAAGAUUGGUAGCACUGUAAAGUUCCCUAGCUGUAGCAUUUUGCCAGCUUUCUUAGGUUCAAUUUGUAUAAAUAGUCGAUUUGUUCAUUUCAAUUUAUAGCCCUGUAGAUGUUUCACCUCUGCUGUCAAGUCUUUAUAAUCCAAUUUCAUCUGGUGUAUUUUAACGCUGCCAGUUUAGGAGGGCUCAACAGCCAAACAGCUUAUGUCAAAAUAAGCAUGAUAUGUGUUUUGUUUUAUAACCUUAGUACAUUGCUCAGGCACAGAUCAUUGUCUGGCUCUUGUCAUGUAAUGUCAUUGUUGAUCUAUACAGCUGAACCUUGAAUUCA